CUUUUUUUUUUCGGAAGCCAGAGGAAGCUCGUUGCGAAGAAGACGAUGCCCAAGGCGAGCGAUCCGAGGCCGGCGGAUCUGCAAGCUUCGUCGUCAUCCUUCGAUGCGUCGAUAUACGAGCAGGCAAACGUUCACGACGUCUACGAGAACAUCGCCCGACACUUCUCCUCGACGAGGUAUAAGCCAUGGCCGUUGAUUCCGCGCUUUCUGUCGACCUUGCCGCCGGGUUCCGUCGGUGCGGACCUCGGGUGUGGGAACGGCAAGUACCUCCCUCUCUUUAGCACUUUGGCUGGUCAGGGAGGGGACCACGACAACGAGGACGGUUUGCAAGGAGGGCACCUCAUCAGCCUGGGCAUGGACAGGAGCACCAACCUCGUGUCUCUUGCGCAGCACAACUUCCUUGACGAUGCUCGAAAGCAAGGAAACCAGCUGCCUUCUUCUAUAGCGCAUCAACGUCGCAACGAAGUCGCUGUGGGCGAUGCGCUCCUCAGCAACUACCGUACUGCCUCUCUCGACUACGCACUGAGCAUUGCGACCAUUCACCACUUUUCAACACCUGCGCGCCGAGUCGCAAGCAUCGCCGAGCUCAUCCGGAUUAUCCGGCCGGUCCCCCGCUCUUCUCUUCCCUCCUCGGCCGCACCGCCGGCAUCAGAAGAGAGGGGAGAGCAAGGAGAAGAAGGAAGGGGGCCGGGCCUGCAAAACUGCUCGACAGGCCGCUUUCUCGUCUUUGUAUGGGCGCUCGAGCAGCGCGGAGAGUCGAGGCGCAAGUUCGACGAGAACGGCCAGCCCGGCGAGGGCGACGAGAGGCAGGAUCUUCUCGUCCCGUGGGUCCUCAAGUCUCCCGGCCAAGCGCCGCAGCCGGACAGCGGCGAGGAGAAGGUGCACCAACGAUACUACCACGUCUUCAAGUCUGGCGAGCUCGAAGAUCUCGUGCGUGAAGCCGCCCUCAGCUUCCCUCACCUCCGCAUCCAUCGAGAAGUCUCGGGCUGGGAAAGGGGGAAUUGGUACGGAGUGUGGCAGUGUAUCGACGAGACUCGCUAAGCAUCCUUUCACGUCACGCUCAUCUGUAUUAUCUUUGUUGAUCGCAUUCAUUUCGUCAAAAAAGGAGGGUG